AUGGCAAGGGAGCUCAGAAAGGCGUCUAGAAGCAACGACGCGCCCAUCUGGUCCAGGCUCUCCCGCGAGGCGCUCAAGCCGUCGGCAGCAAGAAGAACCAUCAACCUCAACAAGAUGAGCAAGCUUACCCGCGAAGGUGACGCCGUCUUCUUUGCAGGCAAGGUCCUGGGCACCGGCGCAAUCUCCCACAAGAUUACACUGUGCUCGUUUUCCAUAUCCCGCACGGCCGCGCAGAAGGUUCUUGCCUCGGGCGGAAGCAUUCAGGGAUACCGGGAGAUGGUGGGCCAGUUUCCCACUGGCAAGGGGGUAGUUCUGCUUGGGUAG